UUUAAAGCCUGAGCCAGUUGACAUCUGACUUUGUAAUUGAUUGACAUUUGUUGCCACAGUUACGGACAAUUACAUGUCACCAGAGUUUAAAGGUUCAUGUGGAUCCAACAACAGGUGUUUAAGACCGUUAAGGACGGACGGCAGAUCAUGGAAUAGGAAUUGAUUUCUCAGCAGGCCCCAGACCCCAAGGCCCACACCACACCUCUCUCCUAGGCAGAAGCAGAACGUGUCUGUAGGAAUAAGAAAGUAUGGGCGCCUACGAGUCUAACCUGGACGAUAUCCUGGCAGAGGACAUGCACCACUGGUACAACAAGUUUAUGAAAGAGUCUCCUUCGGGACUCAUCACGUUGUUUGAGCUGAAGACGAUGCUGGAGAUGCAGGGGAUGACAGAAGAAGCUAGCAGCUACGUGGACCAAGUCUUCUUUACCUUCGACAUGGAUGGGGAUGGAUAUAUAGACUUCGUAGAGUACAUAGCAGCAGUCAGUCUGAUGCUGAAAGGAGAAAUCAACCAGAAACUGAAAUGGUACUUCAAACUUUUCGAUCAGGACGGAAACGGCAAGAUUGACCAAGAUGAAAUGGGGACAAUAUUCAAGGCUAUCCAGGACAUCACCAGAUGUUAUGACCCUCCUACGGAGGAGAUUGUGACCCUCAUCUAUGAGAAGGUUGACAUAAAUAAUGAAGGUGAGUUGACUCUGGAGGAGUUUAUCGAAGGAGCCAGGGACCACCAAGACAUCAUGGAGAUGUUGGGAAAGAUGAUGGACCUCACCAACGUUCUAAAGAUCAUUGUCAACGGACAGAAAAAGCAGGUCAAAUCACCCGAAUGAGGAUGACGUCACUUCCUGUUGCACUUCCUGUUUGAUGGACUGCAACGCAGAAAGGUUGUUGUGAAAGAAUAGGAUUGUUUGGGACGGAAAGUAAUUAUAGUGGAAUGUUUAAUAUAUAAUAUAUGGAGCAAAUGUAUAAAAGAACAAACGACGAACUUGAGCAUCUUGAUGAGAAGGUGAAUAUACAUGAAUGGGAGGGGAGCCAUGUCCCAAAUCUCCAUCGACCAAGAAGACUGAGUUGACGUAAGGACAAUGGAACCAUGCCAGGAGGUCAUGUGACCCGUCUUGCCUACUCUAUGUUCUCUAUUUCUACAUCCCGAUUGUCUUUUCACCCUUUUCCCGAAGUCCCAUCAUAGAUUUAACCACGGUGGAAACCCUCUAGGCAAUGAUUACACCAAUUAAAUACUUUGAGAUCAAUGACAGGAAGUGUGGAAGUGUAGAGAAUUGGGAUGCAGACUAUAUGUUCUCUCUGUGUGUAUCACUUGAGUAUCCUCCUCCUCUAACUGUCACCACAGCUCUCUCUAGUCCUCCUCCUCCUGCUCCUAGUCUCACAGUCACCACAGCUCUCUCUGGUCCUCCUCCUGCUCUCACAGUCACCACAGCUCUCUCUAAUCCUCCUCCUGCUCUCACAGUCACCACAGCUCUCUCUAAUCCUCCUCCUGCUCUCACAGUCACCACAGCUUUCUCUAGUACUCCUCCUCUCACAGUCACCACAGCUCUCUCUAGUCCUCCUCAUCCCAGUCACCACAGCUCUCUCUAGUCCUCCUCCUGCUCUCACAGUCACCACAGCUUUCUCUAGUACUCCUCCUCUCACAGUCACCACAGCUCUCUCUAGUCCUCCUCAUCUCAGUCACCACAGCUCUAUCUAGUCCUCCUCCUGCUCUAACAGUCACCACAGCUCUCUCUAGUCCUCCUCAUCUCAGUCACCACAGCUCUAUCUAGUCCUGCUCCUCCUCUCACAGUCACCACAGCUCUCUUUAGUCCUCCUCCUGCUCUCACAGUCACCACAGCUCUCUCUAGUCCUCCUCCUCAUCUCACAGUCACCACAGCUCUCUCUAGUCCUCCUCCUGCUCUCACAGUCACCACAGCUCUCUUUAGUCCUCCUCCAUCUCUCACAGUCACCACAGUUCUCUCUAGUCCUCCUCAUUUCAGUCACCACAGCUCUCUCUAAUCCUCCUCCUGCUCUCACAGUCACCACAGCUCUCUCUAGUCCUCCUCCUGAUCCUUCUCUCUCAGUCAUCACAGCUCUCUCUAGUCCUCCUCCUGCUCUCACAGUCACCACAGCUCUCUUUAGUCCUCCUCCAUCUCUCACAGUCACCACAGUUCUCUCUAGUCCUCCUCAUCUCCGUCACAACAGCUCUCUCUCUAGUCCUCCUCCUGCUCUCACAGUCACCACAGCUCUCUCUAGUCCUCCUCCUGCUCUCACAGUCACCACAGCUCUCUCUAGUCUUUGUCCUGCUCUCACAGUCACCACAGCUCUCUCUAGUCCUCCUCCUGAUCCUCCUCUCUGAGUCACCACAGCUCUCUCUAGUCCUCCUCCUGAUCCUCCUCUCACAGUCACCACAGCUCUCUCUAGUACUCCUCCUGAUCCUCCUCUCACAGUCACCACAGCUCUCUCUAGUCCUCCUCCUGAUCCUCCUCUCUCAGUCACCACAGCUCUCUCUAGUCCUCCUCCUCCUGCUCUUGCUCUCAUAGUCACCACAGCUCUCUCUAGUCCUCCUGCUCCUGCUCCUGCUCUCACAGUCACCACAGCUCUCUCUAGUCCUCCUCCUGCUCUCACAGUCACCACAGCUCUCUCUAGUCCUCCUCCUGCUCUUGCUCUCAUAGUCACCACAGCUCUCUCUAGUCCUCCUCGUCCUGCUCCUCCUCUCUCAGUCACCACAGCUCUCUCUAGUCCUCCUCCUCCUGCUCUUGCUCUCAUAGUCACCACAGCUCUCUCUAGUCCUCCUGCUCCUGCUCCUGCUCUCACAGUCACCACAGCUCUCUCUAGUCCUCCUCCUGCUCUCACAGUCACCACAGCUCUCUCUAGUCCUCCUCCUGCUCUUGCUCUCAUAGUCACCACAGCUCUCUCUAGUCCUCCUCGUCCUGCUCCUCCUCUCACAGUCACCACAGCUCUCUCUAGUCCUCCUCCUGAUCCUCCUCUCUCAGUCACCACAGCUCUCGCUAGUCCUCCUCCUCCUGCUCCUGCUCUCACAGUCACCACAGCUCUCUCUAGUCCUCCUCCUGCUCUCACAGUCACCACAGUUCUCUCUAGUCCUCCUCCUCUCAGUCACCACAGCUCUCUCUAGUCCUCCUCCUCUCAGUCUUAAAACACACUUUGUCACCAACUGAUACAUUGUUCUUAGAGGUCUUUUAAGAGAGGAUGUAUAAGUGCUGUUGUCAGAAGCAAGCCCUUAUACCAUAAACAGACGGGUAUUGAACUUUAGGGGCGUUCUCUGGCUGGUGACUAGGAUUCUAUGCAUUCCUAUUUGUGUUCAGGCUAAAAUAUUUAAAGAAACUGAAUAGAUGUAUUGUAUAUCCUCUUAUUCUAAAUAAAUGGAAUGGAUUUGUUGUUUUUCAAAACAAUUAUGGCACGUUAUAGAUAUGUAUAAUCAUAAGCAAAUGUUUGAGAAAAAAAAAUAUUUUCACAAAGUAAAAACGUCCAGGUUUCUGAGUCACUAAAGAUGUUUCAUAGUGUGUUUUAGACUGGAUGUUGAAAGUGACCCUACAUUCGAAAUGCACACGUGUCCCUUGGGUUGGGACUGAUCUCAACAUUAGACUACUUUUAGGGUUCUGAAAACCCAACCCUUCUUUUGUGUUGUUUUUGUACCAUCAUCAUUGAAAUUCAAGAGAAAUUCUAUCAUGUAUAUUUCAGCCCAGGUGCAAUAUGCAUUUUGGCCACUAGAUGACAGCAAUGUAUGUGCAAAGUUUUAGACUGAUUCAAUGAGCCAUUGCAUUUCUGUUCAAAAUGUUGUAUCGAGACUGCCCAAAUAUGCCUAAUUUGUUUGUUAAUAACUUGUUAUGUUCAACAUUGUGCACUCUCCUCUCCUUUCACUGUAAUAGCUGCUGAAAAUUGGACAGUGAAGUUAGAUUAACAAGAAUUGAAGCUUUCUGACAAUAUCAGAUAUGUCUAUGUCCUGGGAUUUUUUUUUGAGACUUACAACCUCGCAUUAGCCUACGUUAGCUCAACCGUCCCGUGGAAGGGGACACUGAUCCCAAAUAAAUUUUGAAACAUGUUUUUUGGGGUUGCCUUAACAAUUUUAUCAAUACAGUCAUUCUGAAUAAACAUACCAAUUUCCUGUUGAUUAAAUAAAGGAAGUGGUUCAACA